GUGUAUUUUUGACAUUUUGGUCCUACGCUGAAAGACAGUGCCCACAAAAAAAAUCAGCCCCUAGAACUCUCACAAAAGGAGAGCUGCAAUAGAAGGAAGGGAAAGUAGGAGGCUGCAAGAAUAUGGAGGCUUCAAGCACUGCCCAACAGUCUCUCAGGUGUGUAACAAUGGAGGAGGGCAAGACAUUCUGCAAGUGCGCUGAAGGGUGGGCAUGCGAGUUCAGCAAGACAGAGGCGUCUAAAGUGGGCAAACCCUUCUCUAAUUGUGGAAACAGCUGCACCUGUAUCACGGAUGCAAGUGCAGGUCAGGCAUCAAACCAGCAGAAAACUCUUGAAAGCUCUACAGAAAGCAAGGUCUUCAUCAAGUGUGGCGAAGGGUGGACAUGUACCAUCGCCAAGACCAAAGGCCCAGAUGCAGGCGCAACCUUUCUCCAAUGUGGUGAAGGUUGCACAUGCUUGAUUGAUGAAACAAAUGCAGUGAAGUUGGCAUCUGCAUGAUCUGUGGAGUGUGGACCAUCCGAAAAUGUAGCAUACAUUUAACUAUAAUGUGUUUGACGCCAACACCUGGCUGGUUCUUGUCAAGGAAUUUGUCUCACCAACUCUGUUACUAAGGUCACUUGUAAAAAGAACUCAUAUGUGCAUGUAAUAUAUGUGUGUUUUUUAAAUAAAGGGCUAGCUAUGAAGCACCGACA